CCUCUCGAGGCAAGUAAACAUUUCCGCUUGUGUCGCGAUGGACUCAAACAAGGACGAAGCGGAGCGCUGCAUCAAAAUAGCCCUAAAUGCGAUCAGCGGCAAUCAGCCAGACAAAGCCAGGAAGUUUCUGGAGAAGGCCCAGCGCCUGUUUCCGACGGGUCGAGCCAAAAACUUAUUGGAGUCAUUAUCCCAGAAUGGAAAGCCUCCAGAGGAGAACGGUGCUUCUAUGAACGGCGAUGGGCCCACGAUGAGGCACCGCAGCCACGGAGACGAGGCUGAUAUGUCCACACGUGCAGCGACAGACUCGGCCAAGCCCUACACCGCAGAGCAGCUGGAGGCUGUCAGGAAAAUCAAAAGCUGUAAAGAUUAUUACCAAAUUCUGGGAGUUGAAAAGACGGCCUCUGAGGAGGAGCUUAAAAAGGCGUACAGGAAGCUGGCUUUGAAAUUUCACCCGGAUAAAAAUCACGCACCUGGAGCCACAGAGGCUUUUAAAGCUAUUGGUAAUGCCUAUGCGGUUCUAAGUAACGCUGACAAGCGAAGGCAGUAUGACCACUAUGGAGAGGAGCGGUCACACCCAACUAGACAGCAUCGUGAUUUUGAGGCAGAUAUUUCACCUGAAGACCUUUUCAACAUGUUCUUCGGUGGAGGCUUCCCAUCAAGUAACGUACAUGUUUACAGAAAUGGAAGAAUGCACUUUGCACAUCACAACCGGCAAGAACGACGAGAACAACAGAGAGAUGGAGGUCUGGCUCUCUUUGUCCAGCUGAUGCCCAUCUUAAUCCUCAUCAUUGUUUCUGCUCUAAGCCAGAUGAUGGUCACUCAGCCUCCCUACAGCCUCAGCUACCGGCCUUCAGCCGGACAUAUUCACAAAAGGCAUACAUCCUAUCUGAAGGUUGCGUUCUACGUGGGAGAACAUUUCACUGAAGAAUUUACGGGGAAUAAUCUGAAGAAUGUUGAGAGGAGCGUAGAAGAAGACUAUAUCUCCAACCUCAGAAACAACUGUUGGAAAGAGAAGCAGCAGAAGGAAGGCCUACUGUAUCGUGCUCGGUACUUCGGGGAUUCUGAGUUGUAUCAAAGGGCACAGAGAAUGGGAACACCCAGUUGUUCCAGACUAUCUGAGAUUCAGGUCAUGGUGGACGGCUAGAAGUCACUUGCACAUACAUGGGGUUCCUCACUACUUGAAUCUGAUUAGAAGAAAUCGUCCGGAGCCCACUCGAAUUGGAGUUCAAACCAAGAGAAUCAAAAAUGCCUUAUGUGCAGUGGGCGACAGACCUCAUCAGGGAACCCUUCUGCACCUCCAUGUAGACUGACUCCCUGUAGAACUGUGAGAAGCUUUGAUUUGACCGCUGACAUUUUUCUUAUUCUAGUGUCUUCAGGAUGGCGAGAGGCCACGUGGGCAUCACGGUGGAAAAGUAAAGAGCUCAUUUGAAAGGUUACAAAGCUGCUAUGUUAAGCUUUCUCUCUCUGUCCUGAUCUUUUUUUUUGUUUGUUCCUUAAAACAUUUUGAGAAAACCUCAUGGCCUUCUCAUAGGUGUAUGUCUGAGCCGCUCGCAAGGAAAGUGUGUAAUUUUUAUAGUUCUUACCCAUGUAAAUAUUCAUCUUACUUUUAACAGUGCAGGGUUUAUUGAAGUUAAUAUCAUAUAAGACGAUGUUAUGUGGAUUUGCUUGUAGUCUGUCGGAUGAGUAUUGAGAAUCAUUGCACAAAUAAAAGUAAACCAUAUUUAUUAAAUUAAUACAGGACUAUUGUACAA